AUUUCCUCAAUUGUCUUGCAGUUGGCUUCGAGAGAACAGCUGAUUUGUAUUACUUUUUAUAUUAACAUUGAUUAAAAGUACAAAUGGAUUCAACAACUAAUCCCUUAAUUUAUGAAUUUCAUUCCACUACACAUUUGUACGAAGGCAUUAAGGAGCCUAAUCUGCGCCUGGAAGUACAUGAAUAUGGUUCGGAUGCUGUACAAAUAAAGCUGGUCAAUAAAACCUUUGCAAAACAGAAAAAUGAAGUGGGCCAACACUGUGUAUUCUUUGCAACAACAUGCUGCUGUUACCUAUGGUUGCAUCUAAAUCAUUCCUUUCGUCUUGUAUAUAUGGAAGUAUUUCUGUUGCUGUGGUUGGUGCCACUCCUAUGGCGUUUGCUCUCCAUUGUAGAAUCAGAAACUUUUAUAUAUUGUUAUGACUUUGGCAUGCAUUUACAAGUCAAGAAGCUACUGGGCAAAAGCAACUCAUUUAUUACCUCAUCAAAUAUCCAUGACGUACGUAUUAAUGAAGUGGUAGAGAAUUUUGAUUUUCGUUAUCUGUUAAUUAUAAGAACUAAGGGCAAACUUUUUCAAAAGAAACCAAUAAUUCCCGUGUUCAAGAUUUUUAAACCAACUUGUGACUGUCUAAGCCUAAUUUACAAAAGUCUUAACCAAGUUAUGCUUAAAGAAGCUUGAGCAUAUCAACGUUUUUUUAUUUCAACAAGCGCAUGCCUUCUUCGACAAAUUGGCAUUCCUUGAGAAGUGAAUCAACCUGAAAGUCAUGAAAUCAUUUUAGCACUAUUCUUUGCCGUAACAGUAUAUGUUUGCCUUUGUUCUACUCAACUCUGCUGCAGAAGGUAUUGCCGGUAUCAGUUCCUUGCUGGGCAGUUUAGGCUCCACCUGUUCAACGGUCAUUUCCACAUUGACCAGAUUUUUUAAUUCCGCCAUACAAGUUCUUUUCACUAUUUUACGAUAAUAAUCCGCCGUGGAGUUACGAUAAGCGGCAACUGUUUCUUGCAAAGGUUUAAUUUUUAAGAUUUGUUGGAACUUUUCAUCUGUAACAGAGGUUAGUUAAAACUAAAUUUUUAAAUGCCAGAGAAAUAAAAUAUUUACCCAUUU